AUGCUCAACAAGGAACCGCUGACGACGGAGCGCGUCUCGUACAUUGCGUCGUUUGACAAGCACGCCGACGGCAACGAGUACGACGAGGCCAAGACGCCCGGCGACAUUGAAGAAGGCGCGCUGCGCAUCGGCGACGCCCCCGUGUACACGUCCCCCGAGGUGCUCGCGAUCAUCUACCAGUACGCGAUGGUCGGCAUCGUCUACGGCGGCUUCACUGUGAUGAAGUACCCGAUUCUGACCGGGUACUUUGCGCUCGAGACCAACGUCUUGAGCUCGGCGACGGCGCUUUUGACGCUCGGGUGGUCGCUCAAGGUCGUCUUUGGCAUGCUCAACGACUGCUUCCCGAUCUUUGGCUACCACCGCAAGCCGUACAUGCUCCUCGGCUGGACACUGUGCGCGAUCUUGCUGGUCGUGCUCGCGGUCAAGCCGGCGGGCGAGCAAAACUCGCAGUCGGACGGCUCGACGUUUGCGCUCAUCUGCACGGUGUGCGGCUUUUGCUACGUCAUGGCCGACGUCGCGCAGGACGGGUUGAUGUUGACGUAUGCGCAGCGCGAGCCGAUCGCAGUGCGCGGCCGGCUGCAGUCGAUCAUCUACGGCACGCGCUUUGUGUUUGCGGCCAUCAUUGGCGCGAUCUGCGGCUUUUGCCUCAACUCGGAGCGCUUUGCCGGCGACUUUGACUGGGACAUUGGUGUCAACGGUGUUGCCGACCGCGCAUCGACGGGACGGCCAAGCUCUCAAGCAUCCCUCAACUAA